AGCUUCAGGUUUCAGUGGCUUCAUUGGCCAUUUGUCCCACUGGUAACCGGGCCUGGGCUGAGACUCCCAUUGCUGCUGCUAGUAGUAGAAUCUAGCUAGCUAGCUCAGGAACGGUGUUGGAUACCUAAGCAAAGCCUGAGAAACCAGAGUGACAGUCCUCAGCAAGCUUUCUCAUCAGACCUGAGCUAAGCCAAGCUGAGCUAAGCGAACCUAAGCCAAGCCAACAUAAGCCUAGCUAGCUAGACUGAAGAAGCGAACUGGGUUGGAAAGACAAUUGUUGCACAAGGCAAAACAGAGCAUCUGAGUGAACUGUCGCAAUCUCUCCUUGGCUGGCUACUGCAUGCUCCUAGCUAGCACUGUGAAGCACAGAUACCAUUACUAGCUAGGUGAAGAACAAUAUUAUUCACAUCAGGCAAAAAAGAGAAUUGGAGACCACCUUUCCAAGGUCUCGCUGAUUAGAUUCCUUAGCUAUUGAUUGAGACUUCACAGACCCUUCUACUUCACUGAAGUCAACUCAACUCAACUGAAGUCAACUGCAUAAUCAGCAACAAUCAACAACAUGUCAUCUCCUCGAUCUCACCAACCAAAUCCACCAGGCACAAACGCAAACCCUCCUGAUCAUCAUCCUCCUGCUCCUCCACCCCCCGCUGCCAUUGAUCCUUCUUCAGCUGCACCUGCUCCCAGAAGAGGUUCCUCCAACAUCAGAGCCAAAUUCAGUAACAGUAACAACAACAAAAACAACAAUGGCCCUCCUCCACCACCACCUCCGCCACCUCCACCAAAAGUAUCCAUUGAAAAUGUCGACUUUAUUCAACCACCAACUAGAAUAUCCAUUGAAAAUCUAGACUUUAUGGAACAGGAUCAGAAACAAAAGGAACUACAAGAAAAGGUCGAACGACACAAAUCAAAAAAACGAAUACAGAGACACAGAAGAAAUCUAUCCUUUGGACAAACGCCCUCCAUCACUGAAGAUGGGCUGGAAGACAACAACAACAAUAACACACAGGAUUGGCUACAAAACGUUGCUGCCAUGAACGAGGCCUCGGGAACCUCUCUCAACUUCACUGGCUCUGCUGCAGCAGACUACAAUGACAAUCAGUAUGAGGAACACGCACAAAAUCAGCACAAGGGACAGUCCUACAUGAUCCCCCUCCAUGAUUCAUUUCAGCACCAGUACCAGCACCAACAACAACAACUGCCCCCACCACCGCCGCCUCAAUCAUCAGCCCAUGCAUCCACAAUUCAUGGAUAUGCUCCCUGGCCAAACAACAGCAACACCAAUGCAGCUCCAAUAAUCACAAACACCACCACCACAACUUCCAACUACUACAGUGAAUACCGAAAGCACAGAAGGUCUGCUUCCAACACGUCCUCACAGGGAACUCCGCCACCUCAUCCACUCAAAGCCGGGCCUCAGCAACACUACAACAAUCAACAGCAACAGCAACAGCAACACUACAACCAACAACCAUACCCCGAAUUUGAUGACGAAUAUGCCUCUCUGCUGCAGCAAAACUUUGCCGUUACCAGUGGAUACGGAGCCACGGCAAACGCCUCUCCGUUACCACCGUCGGGGAGAAGUACGAGUCCAUUGCCUCCACAUCCACACCCACCGCGCAAGGGGGGUCGAGAUGCCACUUCACCACAUUAUAAACAUCACAAGAGUGCUUCCAUGCCCAGCUAUGGCGCCGUGACCUCGGUACCACGAUCCAGAACAUCCUCGGAUGGACACUCGGCUGCUGGAAUGGGACUCCCGCCUCCACCACCGCCUUCUUCGAAUUUCAAUUUGCGACAAGGCAGUGGGCUACACAUUCAUCGUCGAUCUCAUUCCGACAACUACGCGAAAAUUGCGUUCCAGCACCAACAACAAUAUCAGCAAUACCAACCUGCUGCACAGCAACAGCAUCCUCUCUUGCGCAACCACAAUGCCAAUGCUAAUUCUAGUGCCGCCAAAUAUCAUGGAUCAUCCGCGAGUCCUCGUAUGGGCGGCGGUUCACGAGUGAUCGUACCCCGACAACAACAACAACAACAACAACAACAACAAUACAUGGACCCGAGAAUGACAUCGUCGCCAGGACAUCGACGAGUGCGCUCCAGUGGCACGGCGGGAAUUCGAUCGGCCAGCUACAACAACAACAACGCUCCGCAACAGUCCUCGGCAUCUUACAGCAAUCCAAUGCCCCUACCAUCGGCGGGUUCUGCAUCGUCUCGAGCUGGAGGGCAUCAUCGGCGGUCAUCGAGUCUUGCCAGCUAUUCCUCGGCUACAGGAGUCUCGGUCCAGAGUGAAGCUUCGUUCCUCUCAGUUGUCAGCGACAUUCGGAAGUCCAGUUUUUAUUCGGGCUACAACGAAAGUACCGGAAAAAUGGAAAUGCAUUAUCCACAAGAAAACGUUCACCUGACCACCAGCAAAGAUCUGACAACGGGAUGGAUUUAUGCAACUGAAGUGGAUACGGAAGCUUUUGAAGAGUACCAUCGUGCUGCCGAAGAAGCCAUGAUGUGGGAAGACGAGGAUCUGUACAAUCUCGAGUACCACAAAUGCACGUGUCAAUGCCCGGCAUGUUACCAUGGUUGCACCGGCCACGAAUCGAACCACAAGUCGCGCAAACCAAAAGAUCCGUUUGGAGCAUUGCCCACCACAUCCUUUGCAUUGGCAGUGGACGAAAACAUUUACACGCGUGUCAUGGAUGAGAUUAGCCAAGCCUCUAGCAUGCCAUGUGGGCUCUUUUAUUGUGGCCAUCACGAAGACGUUGACCACCCCAGCGUCAACAUCGCUCUGGUGAUCGUAAUGGCGUUGAUGCUGGGUCUGGGAUACAUUGCGUACAUUUCUGAGGGCUAG